AUAUUUCAAGAUUUCACAUACAAUAAUGUCAUCAAAUGUGCACAACUUUGCGUACAAAUACUGGAUCAUUUCAAACAAAACAAACAGAGGGAGACCAGAGCAAAUAAAAAAUACUGACAGCUACAGUAGAAAGUUAAUGAAAGAAGAAGGUGUUGAAGUGUUGCAACAAUUUGAUGACAUAUGUAUGAAAUCUGAAAAAUGGGCAUCUCUGAGCUUUAAAAAAACUGAGAUAGACGUGGUUCGCCCAAAAUUUUUCAACCAUGUCCUGUACAACUUUCUGAGAUGUGAGAAUGCUGAACUGCCCAAGCUUGAAGAGAAAUAUCAACACAUCUAUCGCAGUAUACAUAUCAGACAAAUUUUUGAUCAUCAAACAAAUAAGGACGAAACUGUGAAACCUGGCUUUCCAAAGGAAAAGAUUGAGUUGUCCUUAAACCUUGAGAUUGAUAAACUCAAAACAACACAUCCGAUUUCAUAUGCCUUUGCAGCAGCAUUGUUUGCUCAAUUCACAGACGCAAAACUUAAUCUUCAGUCCGUUGAUAAGCUUGCAUCAAUUGCAAGGCAAUACUCCACGCAGUGCAUAGAAAUGCCUUGCCUUUCAGACUCCAUGAAAAAGAAGAUUUGCAGUGCAGUGAAAACACUCUUUCAACAAGCAUGUACUCACAAAGCUGUGUCCGCAAUGUGGCUGAUGGGACUGUUUUAUAAACUAGUUCCGCGUGAUGAGAAAUUACCAAUCCAUGGCUCAGGUAAACUGACAUGGAUGUCUGCUGACAAGGCCCAAAGGGAACUUUUAAACAUGGUGCAAACACAUCAUGCACAGCUCCGCCAACAUCUUGUUUUCGCAAAAACUGUGCUCUCCGACAUGUUCUCUGUGGAGACUGGACAAUGUCAGUUACUGCAGCACCUGCACCUUACACCAAGUGAGCUUUUGAGUGGAACCCUGGAUUGGAUACUUAAAUAUCCCAUUCAGGAACUGAAAUCAGUGAUAUGGACUGUUGUUGAUGUCAUGAAGAACUCACUCUCCAGAUCUGAUACCUCAGAGGGUGAGACAAUGGCUUGUCUCAGUCUAACCAUUGCCGUCAUUGAUGUAUUUACUGAUAAGACGACAAUAAAUGAUCCCUCUUCAAGAGCCCUGACAGCACUGAAGCUUCUAAACUCUUUCUCUGGGACUUUGGAGCACUUACAACACAAUAAGGAGCUAAAUCAGAUUAGCAAAGAAGGAAUUCCAAAUGUGGAGAGCAACAUCAAAAGAAGUAUUCAGGAAGCAACCACGCAUAAAGAAUUGCAAACUGAUUUUUGGAAACAGAUAUUUGGGCUCAAAUUACCUGUACCAUGGCAAGAGAACUGGGAGAAAACACUGUGCAGGCUUUUUAUUGAAAAAAUAAAAAAGGCUGGUCCCAAAGACCAAGUGAAUUACUACUGUAACAUCAGUGAUAUUGACUCUGUGAUGGAAGAGUGUCUAUGCCAGUGUGCUGUAGAGUCUGUCAAACACAAGGCAGAGCAUCUUAAACUGAUCGCACAAAGCAGCAAAUAUGGAAAACCAAUGUCUGAGAUGAUCAGUAUCACAUGGAAAAAUCUAAAUGGAAACGUGAUAGACUGGGAGUAUUUCCUCACUAAUCCUCAUUCUCUGGAGCUUCUCCAAAUUCUUGGACUACAUCUAAAGGAUGAACAGUCCUAUGAGCGCAAACUGACUGACCAUGCACAGACACUGGUAAACAAGAUAAAAAAUCUGCUGAGGAACUUGCCUUACACUGGUAAACAAGAUAAAAAAUCUGCUGAGGAACUUGCCUUGUGA